ACACGCAGUUAUCUGUAGCUAACUCCUGUCCAGCUUUUUAAAAUGUAUUCAUGUGGACUUUGUUUUGUUGUUGUUUAUUGAUUUGAGGCUUAGACUGUUUGUUUAAGGAGCUAAAUCGGACUGGAACAAACAUAGCAAGUCAACAAUGCCUAGCUAACGUUAGCACUUAGCAAGCUAGCGUUACUUAGCGGCUAACUGUUAGCGUCUCUCAGAUGUUACUUUUCCUGCGAUUGUUUUUAGCCUCAUGUGAGCACAUGCUAGAGAAAACACAAUGAUGAAAGCCUUCCUCCCUGGAUUACUGCCCUCCUGCAUUCAGAAUGAGAGACAUAACGGUGUCUGAGGAUGCCAGCAGGUGAAAGUGAAGUUCGGGCAAGGACCCGGGAAAGAUUCAAUGAAGUCUUCAAGAAAUACUCUGAUUCAGAGAAGAAAAAGUCGAAGAAGAAAAACGCUGAAGCUCAGGAGACCAUUGUGCUUCAAAAUCUAAAAAAGAAUUUGAACCUUGAGAAGGACACAGAAGAAGAUGAGACCAUCCUCCAGAACACAUAUGAUCCUGCACAGGGCAGCCCUCGCUACACAAAAAAUAAACGAAGGGAGAAGGAAACGGCAGAAAAGAUUAACAUCAACAACAGUAAAAACCAAGAGGAGGCUCCAACACCUAAAGGCAAGAAGAAAAGUAAAAGAGAGCUUCCCUCCCUCCCACCUGAGGACACUAGUUACAUCCAGAAUGAUGCAGAUGCUUCCAAGUCUGAGAUUGCUUUGGAGCCAGAUGACGUAGGUGGUGGAAAAGAACCAAAGCGAAAAAGUAAGAGGGGGAAAAGCAAAGGAGAUACAGAGGCCAAGGCAGAGAGUCAGGUGGAGGAUGCAGAGGACAAGCUGCUGCAUGAAUACCAGCAGCAGAUAGCACAGGAGGAGGAGAGGACUUCAAAGAAGAAAAGCACCAAGAGUGCAGAUGAUAGUGUUGUCUCCCAAACCGUUCCCCUAAAUAAUGACGUUGGAAAGAAGAAGAAGAAAAAGCUGAAAUCUGUAAUCACACAGUCGGAAGUAGGGGAUGAAGAUGAAGAUGCCGACCAGGAUGCUGAUGUGGACAAUGAAGCAGAAUCUAAGGGAAAGAAGAAAAAGAAGAAGAAAAAACAUGUUGUCAAAGAAGAGAGUGAUACAGAGGCAGAAGUACCACAGAAACCAACAUUUGAUGACAGCCUUGUACUGGGAGUGUACAUCCACAGGACAGAUCGCCUCAAAACAGACCUGCUGAUCUCUCACCCCAUGGUGAAGAUACAUGUUAUCGAUGAAAACACUGGACAGUAUGUGAAGAAAGAAGACUGUCAUCGACCUGUCUCCUCAUUUUAUGAGCAAGAGAAUGUUGACCACAUUAUCCCCAUCAUGACUCAACCUUUUGACUUCAAGAAGAACAAAUCAAUCAUCCCUGAGUGGCGAGAACAGAUCAUCUUCAAUGAACGCUUUGGUUACUUUGUUGAACAAAAUGAUGACAGCCCCAGAGUUGUACUCCUUUUUGAAAUCCUGGACUUCAUAACCAUGGAAGAAGCAAGAGCCAACGUUGAUGUUGACAAGCAUGAGCGAGGAUUCAGAAAGAUUGCAUGGGCAUUCCUUAAGCUCGUUGGUACAAACAGCGUGCUGAAUAUCGACAGUAAACUUCGGCUUCAGCUCUUCUGCCCUCCCCCUCGGGCAAAGAGACAACCUAAAACAAUAGAGGUGGUUGAGUGGUGGAGGAAGUACCCCCGAAACAAAUACGCAUCCACCCUUUAUGUUACAGUGAAAGGCAUUAAACUUCCGGAACAUGUGGACCCCUGUAUUCGGUCCAUGAUGGCCCUGCAGGAGGAGAGGGGCAGCACCUCCUACAGCGAACUGCAGAAUGAGGUCAACAAGAGAAGCCUGAUGCAGCCUCUAGACAGCAAGCCACCACCCUUGAGAUGGAGCAGGCUGCCUGGCCAGGUCUGCAGGAUACCUAACAAGUCCAUGCAGGUUUUCCGUGGUGGCAAGAUGGGUUGCUUCGCAGUCCUCUUCUCUCACGCUGGGACUAUACUGGCUACAGCUUGUGCUGACAGAGAUGCUUUCCCUGUGAUAGUGUAUGAGAUUCCCUCUGGCAAGGUGUUGGCUGAAUUCAUCGGCCAUCUCAAAAUAGUCUAUGAUCUCUGCUGGUCCAGAGACGAUCGGAGCCUUCUGUCUGCCUCCUCUGAUGGAACUGUCAGAGAGUGGAACGUGGAGAGGCUUCAGCAGUCGGCCCAGAAGGUGCUCCCUCAUCCCUCCUUUGUGUACUGUGCUCAGUACCACCCCACGGCCCAGAACCUGGUGGUGAGCGGGGGCUACGACUCUCUGCUACGAGUGUGGAGGGUCGAUGUGGAUGAAGUGAAUGGCCAGCUGCUGCAGGAGCUCGAGGGUCACAACAGUUUCAUCAACUCAAUUUGUUUUGACUCUGAAGGAAGGAGAAUGUUCUCUGCAGACAAUACAGGCCUCAUCCUUGUGUGGAAAACUACAGUAACCGACAGCAGGCGGCAUCAGCCAUGUCAUCGCUGGUGUAUAGAGAAGAAAAUUGAUGAGAUUGACCUCGGCGGCAUCCCUGUCAACAUGCUGCAGCUCCAUCCAAACGGGCGGUGCCUGCUCAUCCAUGCCAAAGACAGCGUCCUGAGAAUGAUGGACUUAAGAAUCCUGGCUGUAAAGAAGUACACCGGAGCCACAAACUACAGAGAGAGGAUCUACAGCACUUUCACGCCAUGCGGGAACUUCAUCUUCUCUGGUAGUGAGGAUGGGAUGGCUUAUGUGUGGAAUACAGACACAGGUGACCAAGUUGCUGUCUACUCUGAGCUUUGUUAUUCCACUGCUCUCCAUGGCGUGGCGUUCCACCCUCACGAAAACAUGGUUGCUUUCAGUGCCUUCGGUCAGUCCCAGCCUGUCCAUGUAUACCUGUACGAUCGCAAAGUUUCCCAGCUGGAGGCGCACACCAUAAAAGCUGCGAGCAGAUUAUCUUCUACAGACACCAAAACCAUCAGAAACACACCUGACACGCCAGCACUGCAGGACACAUCUGCUGCUGCAACCAUUGAUCAGUUUGCCCAAGCAACAAGACUUGCAUUGAAAAUGCAGUGUGUUAAGGAGCAACUGGAUUCAGUGCUUGAUCAACAUCAGAGAUCUUCAGCUUCUGGAUACAUGUAUGAGCAAGACAAAAUGAGCAUUCCUCACUCAGGGAGGAGUUUCACAACUGACUCUGUCACAACGGGAUUAAAUGCUUCGUUGCCGCCUCCGUCUCUCCUGUCGCCGCACUCCAAGCUGCAGCUCUCUGGUCCUCUAGCGGAGCAGCUAAUCCCCCAGGCGGCUCUGAGCGCCCAAAACCGUGGGUUCAGUCCAGUCGGUCAGUGUCUAAAAGGAGCUUCAUCUUUCAGGCUACAGACAAGCCUUCCCGACCACAUUUCUUCAGGCAUCCAGGAAACAGAUUCUGCCCCUGUUCAACAAGUAGUCGUCUCGCUCUAUGACUACAGAGCUAAUCGGUCUGAUGAGCUGACUAUACGCCGCGGUGAUGUCAUCCAAGUGCUGUACAAAGACAAUGACAACUGGUGGUUUGGGCGUCUGGCCAACGGGCAGCAGGGAUAUUUCCUUGCUUCUUAUGUGGCAGAUCAGAGAGAUUUCAGUGAAGAGGUGACUCAGUCUGUAGAGGCACAUGCAGCCUUGUCUGAGGGGACUGUUGAGAGGUCAACACCAACCAGGGUGUCUGCUGCAAUUAGUUCUUCUGGGGAACUUAGGUUUCUUUCUGAGCCGACCCUUUCUGACACCGAGCCUGAGCUGACUGAUGCCAGAGCUAGAAGGAAAAAGAAGGUGAAAAAGUCAGGAGUCCCCGCACCUUCGUCUCAGGCCACAUUUUCAGAUGCAGAUGCUCCGGUGUCGAUGAGCACCAGGAGGAGAGGCCGGUCAGCAGACAGACCUCUCCCAAAGAGACCAACAGGCCGGACUAAUGGUGCCUUCGAGCCAGACACAUGAUUGUUUUCAACUCGAGUGCUUUCACCUUUAUUCUGUUUGAUAUAAAAAGCAUUUUUGUAUUAAUGACCCUGCAGCUGUGUUGUAUUUUUACUGCUUUGUCUUUUUAUAUUCAGUCAGUAUGUUCUGUAUUGUAUUUAAUACAGAUCGAUCAAUGACAUGUAAAACUUUGAUAAUGAAUGCUUAAAGAAUUGAGCAAUUCUAGGAAUUCUAGUUUUACAUAUUUAUUGAUGUAAGCAUAUUUUCACUAUUGCACAUGUUGCAUGUUUACAGAUUAUGUAGAAAACAAAAUGUAAUAUUGUAGUUUUAUUUUCUUAGCCUGUAAGAGAUUGACAAAUUUUGUAUAUGCCACUUCUUCAGUUAUAUAAUUAUACAGAUUAUUCUUUUGCAAGUGUUUGUCUUUCUAUAAAUCAUGUUAAGUCACACUUUUGAUAUUUAACAUUUGUAAAUAAUAUAAAUAAUAAUUGUUUAACACAUUAAAGUAAUAGCCUUUUAGAAUACUAAAAUCAAUUGCUUUUUCAGCCCAGUAGAUAUAUUUUGCUGCAGUAAAAAUCACUAAAGUAAGAUGAACAAAGUUGAUCUUAUUACAUAAAACAGACAUUGACAAAGUUUUCCUUAAAGUUAUAAAUCGCAAUAUAUGUUAUUACAAUACUCAGCAUAUUGCAAAACGUUAAAAAUCUAAUUCAAGUUGCUAUUAUUUUGAAGAAUUCAAGUCAAAUGGAGAUCCUUUUUAAUGGAACAUGAAUGUGUAGUGUCCAUUAGCAUCAGCAUGUAAUGAUUUCAUCUUCAACUUUUGGAUAUGUCUUCAUUUUAAGAUUCUUGGAUCAAGAGGAGGUUUAUUGUGUGACACACUUGAAAUGUAUUUUAUAGUACAGCUAAUGUUUCAGUGGACCAUUGGGUAACUUUUCCAAGUUAAGUCCGUCAAAUAAAAUAUGAGCAGGAUGCUAUGCAGUGCAUGAUGGAAUGGAUCGAGAGAAUAAAGACACCAAUGUUUUUUAAUGUAGAUAUUUACUGUUUAUAUUCAAAUAAAUGCAAAAAUCUUACAUAUUGUUCAAUCAGAAAUUGAGGCUCAACAUAUAAAAUCACUAAUUGCAGUAAAAUGUGACACAAUGCUCCCUGUUAUAUCAAAUUAUACUGAAGGUAAUGAGAGGUUCACAAUGACCUGUAACAUAUCAAAGGCCUAGGUGAUAUAAAAAAUCAAAUAUCCCUAUAUUUUUACCAGAUACCUCGAUACCGAUAUUGUAGGGCUAACUAUUAGUGCUUUUACAAAAUAUUCACACUAGAUUUUCAAAAAUUAAUCAUCAGUAAUGUGGAUAUAAUGACAAAGAGGGUAAAGGCAAAGAAUAGAACAGCCAGGUAAAUGAGAAGGAAAAGAAAAAGAAAAUUACACUUAGGAUAUCAUGAUAUCCAAAAUCUAAGACAAUAUAUAGUCUCAAAUCAUCAUGAUAUCAACACAUUGCCCAGCCUAAUAACAUACCACUUCAUAGAUCAUGUUAUAACAUGCUUAUUUGCUUUGUGUUGCCAUGACUGUGGUCCGCAGCUCCUGAUGUGUAUAACUUCAACAUGAAAUCCAGGUCAUGACCAGGUCAGAACUAAGAUCAUUAAUACAGCAGAGCUUCAGAACAAAAGGCACAUUUAGUUUGUGCUGUGAACUUAACAGUGGUCGACUAUAUUCACUCAUAUUACAUUCAUUCAUCAUAAUGCACUACAGUAUAUGAAACUAUUAAAAUUCUAUUAAAAAUGUACAGACAUUGAGCCAGUAAUACAGUGUACCACUUUGUUUUCGGGCUGCAGUUUCCGCAACACCAAAAAUGUAUAAUUUAAAAA